ACUCUCCUCCAGCCCUCGUCUGCUGUUCUGUGUCCGGGUUUCGGUUUCGUGCGAUCUUGUGUCAAGGGUUCAACGGGUCCUCCAUCUGUAUUAUAACAGAAUCGCAUCAUGUCUGCAAAAGUUUACGUUGGCAACUUGAGCUGGAAUACCACCGAUGAUUCGCUCCGUCAAGCCUUCUCCGCGUAUGGAAACAUCCUUGAUUCCAUUGUGAUGCGCGACCGCGAAACCGGUCGCUCCCGCGGCUUCGGCUUCGUCACCUACUCCUCCGGCAUGGAGGCCCAGUCUGCCAUCACCAACCUCAACGAGCAGGAGCUCGACGGCAGGCGCAUCAAGGUGAACCUCGCUAAUGCCCGCGGCAGCGGUGGCGGCGGCGGCGGCGGCGGAGGCUACAGCGGUGGUGGUGGUGGAGGCUACAGCGGCGGCGGAGGCUACAGUGGCGGUGGUGGCUACAACCAGGGUGGGUUUGCCCAGAAUUCGUACAGUGGCUAUGAACAAGGUGGUGGCUACGGCGGUGGCCAGCAAGGCGGCUACGGCGGCCAGCAGGGCGGCUAUGGCGGCGGCGGCGGCUACCAGGGGGGUUACUAAAUGCGUUGCGCUCGACGUCGCGUAGCUCGUGCUGCGUGUUUCGUCUUGUGCCUCCGUCGCUGAUCCCUUUGCUUCUCGUGCGACGUGCAUCCUUCAUACUGUUCUUGCUUGACCCACUCGUCCACCGCAUCUCAAUCUCCGUCUCCCUCAUUGUGUGGUAGCAGUCGUCGUUUUCGUCCUGGCUCGUCUCAUGUUCCUGAUACGUGGUCUCGGUUCUCACAAUGCGGCCUGUAUUUGUACGAUUCCCCCUCCACGGGCGUUCUGUCAGUACGUAUAUCACUACCAUCCUUCGUCCUCGUCCUAUACGCUGUGGUUUCCCGCGACUCGUGUUGUGGGUGGGUGUGUCAUCCUUACUGCUUUACUCGUGUAUCAAAUGUCACCAAACACGUCUUCUGCGUCA